CCGACAACGAACGACGAUGGCAUUGGGAGAGGAGAGAAUAGCAGACAAAGGAUACAAAAUGAAAAGUGGUGCUUUUUUUGCUGCAUUUUUCUACAUGUUCCUUUUUCAUGGUAUUGUGGUUGUCACUGGUGUAGAAAACUGGGCCAGUUUUGUGUUCAUUAAGGGCUUCAGGAUUGAUGAUAAUUACUGUCAGAAUGGAGGUGAAGAGUCUCAAUGCAAUAAGGAUCACUCUUGAAUCUUGAGAAUCUCUAAGAAUAGCUCUAUUUUUUUUUUCCUUUCAUGUGAGCUUUGUUUUAAUCUUUUCCUCUACUUCUAGAGUUUGCUUGCUGUUUUACUUUGUUUUCAUUUGGUCCCAUUUGAUUGAUGAGAAAAUGAUGGAAAUUUUCUAUGGAAAAUGCAUCUUGAUGCACAAGUCAGUUUGGUUUAUUUUGGAAAGUAAUAAUAAUUAUGUAUUAGGAUGAAUAUUAAUUAUUGGGAGAAAAUGGAGCAAAGCUAGGGACCAAUUUUAUGAAGGAGCAGCUCACCAAAUGCCUUCAGCUAGAAGAAUCUGCCAAAAAGAAUUGACGUCAAUUUUCUCUCUUCUCCUUGAACUAUGUGCUAUUUUUUGGGUUUGAAUAAAGAACCAUGGAUAAGAAAAUGUUGAGAUUUGAUGAAAAUUUAGUUCAAUUUUCAUCAAAUCUCACAAUAGAACCACUUAAACCCUAAGAGUUUCAUAGCAACUUUUUCUUGUCAGCUGAGAAACUGAUGUUUUCUUUCUGUAAAAAUUUGUUGUCUUUAAUUCUUAUUAAUUCCUUCUUGACAUACAGCUUCUAGAAGUGCUUGAAGGAAUGCCUAGGUUCUCUUCAAGAUAUGAGAAGCAGGUGAGAUUCUUGGCUUUCCCUUGAUAUAAAUGCAAGUUUCCAUCUAUAAACCAACUGAGAUUGAUCUGCUAUUUGUCUUGCUGCUGUUUAUGGUUGGUUUCUAUGCCUGUUUUGUUGGAUUGGUCUUAGUGAGAAUUUUAAAUGCUCAUCUGUUCAAUCUUAUGUGUUUUCAAGUGGAUCUCAUGUAUGAUUUUUACUGAUCUAAAAUGUACAAUUCUUAGUGGCUGUGCAUGUAAGGAAUUGGUUUAAUAUGAGUGAACUAAAGUAAAAGUCAAAGCAAGAUGAAGAGAAAAGUAAUUGAAUGAAAAUAAAAAAAAAGAAAAAGAAAAAGAGAAAGGAAUCCAAAAUUUGUGUCGUUCUUGGUUAUUUUCUUACUGAUCAAUGGUAAGAAAUUGAUUGAGAGCUUUAUAAGCACUGGAUAUUUAUUAGUUGCAAAAUGACUUAAAUGUGUUAAGGCUAAAAUUCAUCUUGAUCUUUAUUUUUGACAUUGUGGUUGCAUCCCUGUGGGCAAUUGUAGAACUUUGCUUUAAAGACAUAACAGUAUUUAGUUGUUUAAGGUCUUCUGACAUUCUUUUCUUUUCCUUUUCUGGUUGCAGAAGAGAAGUUCUCUAACUGUAUUAAGCCCUUUUUUUUUGUCAUUUAUGCCACGAAUUUUUGGAGCUUUUAGAUCCUUUUACUUGCUUUUAGAUGGUAGCUCUGAUUGUUAUCUCUUAUGUUUUCUUCUUCUUCUUCCUCUUUCUUUUUUUUUUUUUCUCCCUAUUAACUGUUUUUUGUCCAUUCAUCAUGUUUCAUUGUGUGUUAGGGAACACUAUUCUUAUUCAAUUGCUUUGUCAUUUUGUUUAGUUAAUGAUUAGAUGAUUUCUUUCUCUUCCUAGAUUGAUUGUGCUGGUUUUGAUUGAGAAUUUACGUUAUGGAUACACAUGAAUUUGCUUACUUAGUGAGGAUCAAUGCGCUUCCAAAAGCAGCCUAAAUGGGCUUAGCUGGCCCAAAAUAGACUGCCAUUUAAGUCGUUUCAUUGCCAAGCUUUACCAUUCAGUUCUAUGCUUCUGGUGUCUGCCAUUAGAAACUGCCUUAAACUACCUUUAAUAAAGAAUAAAUCUGGAAGUAGAAUACAUGUUUGAUUAAUGUGAAUCUGGAAUGUGGGUGCCAAUGCUAAGGAUGAGAAAUAUCUGGGUGUGAGAAGGUGAACAAAGUUUUCAAUUUUGAUUACCUGUAUUGGUUUCAAAUUUCAUUCAUUUAUUGUAGUUUUGAUGUCAUUGCAAAUCUAAUUUGAUAUGAAGAAUUUGAAAAAAUAUCAAUUUUAUACUAUUAAACACCCACUGGUACACCUGCUGCCAGAGGGUGGAGAAGCGGUGCAAGUUGGUGAUUCUGCUGGAGGCAAAAACAGAUUGGCUAAACACAUUUUUAAAAGAUUUGCUAAGCAUGAUUCAAUUUUGCAUCUUUCCAUUCUUUAAUUGUCAAUUUCUUUAGUUUUUUCGAUAGAAAAUCUGUUUAGCAAUUUUGAAUCCUGCAGCUUUUUAAUCUUCUAAGUUAGUUUAAGAAAUUUCUGAGAGUUAA